UUCCCCAGAAAAAAACAACAUUGCUUCCUUUUUCUUCUUUCUUUCUUUUGGUCGUGUGCUCCUCUCUCUUUUCCGUUUUUUCCCCUUCCUUUCAAUCAUCUUUUUCGCCGUUUGGGUAAAUCUCCACUCGAUAACUACUUACCUAUCCUUCCGACCCAAAAAAAGCAUUGAAGAAUACCUACCUACCUUACCUCCCAAACUCAUGACCCUGACCCAGCCACAACCACAGCCAUCAUCCCCUUAUCACCGCAAUCCAAUCCCUUUCCCUUGAGCCCAGUUAAACCACUUGAAACCAAUCUCCAUCGCAUCCCCUUCAAUCCUCACAAUAGGGCAUCCAUCAUCCAUCAUCCAGCAUGGACGGACCAUCCUCCACCCACCACCGCCCCAAGCGCCGUCGCCUGGACACGCCGGAUAAACAUGCCCAACAACACCAGCACCAGCACAACCACCUCUCGCACAAGAAAAACACCACCACGCCACUGAGCGCCAGCACAAAGCACAACGGCUACGCCCACCCCCACCCCCACAAACUCCAAUCCCCGGUCCCACCACCACCACCAGCCGCAAGGCGAACCUCCAAAAACGACGACAACGACGACGAUGAAGACGUCUCCGAUUCCUCGGACGAACUGGCCGCGGGCUCCGAGCACGACGAGGCCGAGGAACGCCGCCGCCGCGCCAGCUGGAGUCUCCAGAAACAGAAAAAUGUGUAUACGCCGCAGAGGCCGUAUCGUCCGCCGCUGAGGCGGAGUUCGAGUGGCUCCGAGAGUCCGGAUGAGUUGACGAUUGAUGCGGAGGAGUAUUGGCGGUCGACGAAGAAGCGGGGGUCGAUUGGGCCUCAGCCUCAGCCUCAUGAUCAGGACGACGAAAAAGUGUCUCGCGACAGCAUCAAUCACGACAACAACGAUGACGAGAACGCGCGUGAGGACGAACCCCCCCACGACAACUACCCCGGAGACAAUGAAGACGAGGAGAUGGUCAACGCCGAUGAUGGCCUUGAUGUCGACGAACCGGAACCCACCACGAAUGGCGACCUUGUGGAAGAAACCCCAGAAUCGUACCCCGACCGGUCGCCUACGCCCGUCUCCCAACCGCCGCUACCGCCACCGAAACCGGAUAAGGUGGAAUAUCGUGCGAAGUUCCUACUUCGCGGUCAUCUGCGGGGAGUGUCCGCCGUGCGGUUCUCGCCAGAUGCGUCGAUGAUCGCGAGUGGAGGGGCGGACGGGGCUGUCAAAGUGUGGGACACCGUGACCGGGAAAUUGAUCCAUUCGUUCGAGGGCCAUUUGGCGGGUAUCUCUACGAUCUCGUGGAGCCCGGAUGGGGCGACCAUCGCAUCUGGAUCGGACGACAAGACGAUCCGACUGUGGAACGUCCUGACGGGCAAGGCGCAUCCGAUCCCGUUCGUCGGUCACCACAACUACGUCUACCAGAUCGCAUUCUCCCCGAAAGGCAACAUGCUCGUCAGCGGAUCCUACGAUGAGGCGGUCUUCCUGUGGGACGUGCGGUCGGCGCAGGUGAUGCGGUCCCUGCCGGCGCAUUCGGACCCGGUGGGCGGCAUCGACGUGGUCUGGGACGGGACGCUGAUCGCCUCGUGCGCGACGGACGGGCUGAUCCGCAUCUGGGAUACGGCGUCGGGCCAGUGUCUGCGCACGCUGGUGCACGAGGACAACCCGCCCGUCACGGCGGUCAAGUUCUCCCCGAACGGGAAGUACGUGUUGGCGUGGACGCUGGACGACUGCGUGCGACUGUGGGACUACGUGGCCGGCCGGUGCAUCAAGACCUACCAGGGUCACAGCAACCGGAAGUACAGCCUGCAGGGCGGGUUUGGCACGUACGGCGGAGAGUCCGGGAACGGCAGCGGCAGCGGGAUGCCGGUGUAUGCCUUUGCGGUCAGCGGCAGCGAGGACGGUGCCGUCUUGUGCUGGGACGUGGUGAGCAAGCAGGUCCUGCAGCGCAUCGAGGGCCACACGGGCGUGGUGUUGGGGGUGGAUACGUGCUCGCUCGGAGGGGCGCGGCUGAUGGUCAGUUGCGGGCUGGAUGGGACCGUUCGCGUCUGGGAGGAGGCGAGCACCGCCGGCGAUGGGCAUGGCCCGACGACCAACGGCGCGCAGACGAAUGGCACCGUGCUGAACGGCUACGGGGGUUCGAUCUCUGACCCCAACACGCCGGCCGAACUGGCGGGCACUGAGGAUGCAACUCCGAUGGCAACGACCGCGACGGAGGCUGGGUUUGCCCAGACCAACGGACACCAUAGCAUGCCCGAGCCCGAAGAUACCGAGAUGGGUGGGGCCUGAAUGAUAAAGGCAAUCGCAUUAACAGCAGCAGCUUCUUUACUGUACAGCGGUGUAAACCAAGGGAUGGACGGGAUGGCGUUUCAAGGUUGAGGGUGGGUGGGUUGUAUACUAGACAUGAGGGACGAACCACAAUUACUCAACAUCUACCGUGAGCAACUAGGGGAGACAAGAGUCCUACCAGCGGAGGAUGGAGGAUUGUCUGUUUGUAUGUACUACUAUUUGUAAUGCUGAAAGGAUAUCUGGCCCGUCAUCUUUGACAGAUUUUGACAGAGGAAAGGGAUGGAAGCAAGACCAGCCCUAAAUAGCUAGCUAGCUAAUUCUCGAC